AGAGCGGCCGCGGGAGGGGGAGCGCGAGCCCCGCAGGCCCCUCCCCCGGCGCCGGCGCCCGAGCUCCGCCCCUCGCCGAGCCGCCCCUCCGCGGCUGCAGCGAGAGCUCGCCCAGCUCUGCGGACGCCGCCACCUUCGCCGCCACCGCUGCCUUUCUCCUCCUCCUGUCGGCGUGCGGGGGCCGCGCCCGGCGGCGGCUCUGCCCUAGGUGGGCGGCGGCGCGGCCCAGGCUGCAGCUGAGCGCUCUGCGCGGCGCAGCCGGGUCUCCCGCGUGUACCACGCCGUGACAGGUGCAGAGUCCGGGCUGAGGACCCACCUGCAGCCGCCGCCGUGAUGCCCACCAUGCGGAGGACCGUGUCGGAGAUCCGCUCGCGCGCCGAAGGUUAUGAGAAGACAGAUGAUGUUUCAGAGAAGACCUCACUGGCUGACCAGGAGGAAGUAAGGACUAUUUUCAUCAACCAGCCCCAGCUGACAAAAUUCUGCAAUAACCAUGUCAGCACUGCAAAAUACAACAUAAUCACAUUCCUUCCAAGAUUUCUCUACUCUCAGUUCAGAAGAGCUGCUAAUUCAUUUUUUCUCUUUAUUGCACUGCUGCAGCAAAUACCUGAUGUGUCACCAACAGGUCGUUAUACAACACUGGUUCCUCUCUUAUUUAUUUUAGCUGUGGCAGCUAUCAAAGAGAUAAUAGAAGAUAUUAAACGACAUAAAGCUGAUAAUGCAGUGAACAAGAAACAAACGCAAGUUUUGAGAAAUGGUGCUUGGGAAAUUGUCCACUGGGAAAAGGUGGCAGUAGGGGAGAUAGUGAAAGUGACCAAUGGGGAACAUCUCCCAGCAGAUCUCAUCAGUCUGUCCUCAAGUGAGCCCCAAGCCAUGUGCUACAUUGAAACAUCCAACUUAGAUGGUGAAACGAACUUGAAAAUUAGACAGGGCUUACCAGCAACAUCAGAUAUCAAAGACAUUGACAGUUUGAUGAGGAUUUCUGGCAGAAUUGAGUGUGAAAGUCCAAACAGACAUCUCUACGAUUUUGUUGGAAACAUAAGGCUUGAUGGACAUGGCACCGUUCCACUGGGAGCAGAUCAGAUUCUUCUUCGAGGAGCUCAGUUGAGAAAUACACAGUGGGUUCAUGGAAUAGUUGUCUACACUGGACAUGACACCAAGCUGAUGCAGAAUUCAACAAGUCCACCACUUAAGCUCUCAAAUGUGGAACGGAUUACAAAUGUACAAAUUUUGAUUUUAUUUUGUAUCUUAAUUGCCAUGUCUCUUGUCUGUUCUGUGGGCUCAGCCAUUUGGAAUCGAAGGCAUUCUGGAAAAGACUGGUAUCUCAAUCUAAACUAUGGUGGCGCUAGUAAUUUUGGACUGAAUUUCUUGACCUUCAUCAUCCUUUUCAACAAUCUUAUUCCUAUCAGCUUAUUGGUUACAUUAGAAGUUGUGAAAUUUACCCAGGCAUACUUCAUAAAUUGGGAUCUUGACAUGCACUAUGAACCCACAGACACUGCUGCUAUGGCUCGAACAUCUAAUCUGAAUGAGGAACUUGGCCAGGUUAAAUACAUAUUUUCUGACAAAACUGGUACUCUGACAUGCAAUGUAAUGCAGUUUAAGAAGUGCACCAUAGCGGGAGUUGCUUAUGGCCAUGUCCCUGAACCUGAGGAUUAUGGCUGCUCUCCUGAUGAAUGGCAGAACUCACAGCUUGGAGAUGAAAAAACAUUUAGUGAUUCAUCAUUGCUGGAAAAUCUCCAAAAUAAUCAUCCGACUGCACCUAUAAUAUGUGAAUUUCUUACAAUGAUGGCAGUCUGUCACACAGCAGUGCCAGAGCGAGAAGGUGAUAAGAUUAUUUAUCAAGCAGCAUCUCCAGAUGAGGGAGCAUUGGUCAGAGCAGCCAAGCAAUUGAAUUUUGUUUUCACUGGAAGAACACCCGACUCGGUGAUUAUAGAUUCACUGGGGCAGGAAGAAAGAUAUGAAUUGCUCAAUGUCUUGGAGUUUACCAGUGCUAGGAAAAGAAUGUCAGUGAUUGUUCGCACUCCAUCUGGGAAGUUACGGCUCUACUGCAAAGGAGCUGACACUGUAAUUUAUGAUCGACUGGCAGAGACGUCAAAAUACAAAGAAAUUACCCUAAAACAUUUAGAGCAGUUUGCUACAGAAGGGUUAAGAACUUUAUGUUUUGCUGUGGCUGAGAUUUCAGAGAGCGACUUUCAGGAGUGGCGAGCAGUCUAUCAGCGAGCAUCUACAUCUGUGCAGAACAGGCUGCUCAAACUUGAAGAGAGUUAUGAGUUGAUUGAAAAGAAUCUUCAGCUACUUGGAGCAACAGCCAUUGAGGAUAAAUUACAAGAUCAAGUGCCUGAAACCAUAGAAACACUAAUGAAAGCAGACAUCAAAAUCUGGAUCCUUACAGGGGACAAGCAAGAAACUGCCAUUAACAUCGGACACUCCUGCAAACUGUUGAAGAAGAACAUGGGAAUGAUUGUUAUAAAUGAAGGCUCUCUUGAUGGAACAAGGGAAACUCUCAGUCGUCACUGUACUACCCUUGGUGAUGCUCUCCGGAAAGAGAAUGAUUUUGCUCUUAUAAUUGAUGGGAAAACCCUCAAAUAUGCCUUAACCUUUGGAGUACGACAGUAUUUCCUGGACUUAGCUUUGUCAUGCAAAGCUGUCAUUUGCUGUCGGGUUUCUCCUCUUCAAAAAUCUGAAGUUGUUGAGAUGGUUAAGAAACAAGUCAAAGUCGUAACCCUUGCAAUCGGUGAUGGAGCAAAUGAUGUCAGCAUGAUACAGACAGCGCACGUUGGUGUUGGUAUCAGUGGCAAUGAAGGCCUGCAGGCAGCUAAUUCCUCUGACUACUCCAUAGCUCAGUUCAAAUAUUUGAAGAAUUUACUGAUGAUUCAUGGUGCCUGGAACUAUAACAGAGUCUCCAAGUGCAUCUUAUACUGCUUCUACAAGAAUAUAGUGCUCUAUAUUAUCGAGAUCUGGUUUGCCUUUGUUAAUGGCUUUUCUGGACAGAUCCUCUUUGAAAGAUGGUGUAUAGGUCUCUAUAACGUGAUGUUUACAGCAAUGCCUCCUUUAACUCUUGGAAUAUUUGAGAGAUCAUGCAGAAAAGAGAACAUGUUGAAGUACCCUGAAUUAUACAAAACAUCUCAGAAUGCCCUGGACUUCAACACCAAGGUUUUCUGGGUUCAUUGUUUAAAUGGCCUCUUCCACUCAGUUAUUCUGUUUUGGUUUCCACUAAAAGCCCUUCAGUAUGGUACUGCAUUUGGAAAUGGGAAAACCUCGGAUUAUCUGCUACUGGGAAACUUUGUGUACACUUUUGUGGUGAUAACUGUGUGUUUGAAAGCUGGAUUGGAGACAUCAUAUUGGACAUGGUUCAGCCACAUAGCGAUAUGGGGGAGCAUCGCACUCUGGGUGGUGUUUUUUGGAAUCUACUCAUCUCUGUGGCCUGCCAUUCCGAUGGCCCCUGAUAUGUCAGGAGAGGCAGCCAUGUUGUUCAGUUCUGGAGUCUUUUGGAUGGGCUUGUUAUUCAUCCCUGUGGCAUCUCUGCUCCUUGAUGUGGUGUACAAGGUUAUCAAGAGGACUGCUUUUAAAACAUUAGUCGAUGAAGUUCAGGAGCUGGAGGCAAAAUCUCAAGACCCAGGAGCAGUUGUACUUGGAAAAAGCCUGACCGAGAGGGCGCAACUGCUCAAGAACGUCUUUAAGAAGAACCACGUGAACUUGUACCGCUCUGAAUCCUUGCAACAAAACCUGCUCCAUGGGUAUGCGUUCUCUCAAGAUGAAAAUGGAAUCGUUUCACAGUCUGAAGUGAUAAGAGCAUAUGAUACCACGAAACAGAGGCCCGAUGAAUGGUGAUGGGGAGAGCCUGAAAGGCAGGCUCUGUUACCUCUCUAAGGAGAGCUACCAGGUUGUCACCGCAGUCUGCUAACCAAUUCCAGUCUGGUCCAUGAAGAGGAAAGGUGGAUCUGAGCUCAUCUCGCUGGUGGACAUUCAGAUUCAUGUAUAUUAUAGACAUAAGCACUGUGCAACUGUACUGUAACACCAUCUCUUUUGGAUUUUUUUAAGGUAUUUGCUAAGUCUUUGUAAACGGAAAUUGAAAAUGACCUGGUAUCUUGCCAGAGGGCUUUCUUAAACGGAGAAUAAGUCAGUAUUCUUAUGCCAUUACUGUGGGGCUGUAACUGACUGUCAAUUUAUUGGCUGUACCACAAGGUAACCAACCAUUAAAAAACUCUAAAUGAUAUUUAGUUAAAGGGACUCUUGGUAUCCAGACUUAGAUUUCAGGAUAUGCUGAAACAAACCAGCAUUCUUAAGGAACUGACUCACCUUCCUGAGCAAAAUUUCUAAACAAGCAUUUGUGUCCAAAAUUGUCUUGAUAAAUGUUUGCCAAAGAGGUUCAGUAAGUGUUUUUCUAGUUCAGUAGUCAUAUGCCCAGAAAUGUAAGAGAAAGUUUACUUCCAGUUCCGCUGUAAGAUCUGCAUGCCUGACUUUCCAAAUGUAAGAGUGAUUUACAAAAAUGAAUAUUUCAAGGCAUUUGCUACUAAAAUCGGUGAUGUUGCACCUUUGGCCUUACAAAUGCUUCUUUGUUGUUUGUCGUGUUUAUUUGUUAGAGGACACACGUGUUAAUGUGACUCUGUUGUUAUGACACUGAUUUUUCAAACUAUGUAUGUUUCAGGUAUUUCUGAUGAAGUUUCAUCAUCAUUUAGAUUUUUCUAAAAAUCUGGCUAAUGCAGUAGAUUGAGUGAUGUCAUUUUGUCUUAAAAGAAACAUAUGCUACGUAUUUACGUGGGAUUUCCAAAGCUUCUGUUGCAAUAUUUGGAAUAACAUGUCAGAUAAAUGCAUGGGCUUUUGUCCUGUGUUCCAGUUCCCACUAGAGAUGCCUGCUGUCUUGUGUAGCACACCCAGUGUUAUGGUGACUGCCCCCUAUACUGAAGACUGAAAAUUAUUUCACAGUUCACUCAUCAAAUAGUUCCCAAAAUUCGUCACAUGCUGCUUAUUGGGACAAAUAAGUAGUACAUUUUCCCCAUUUAAAAAAUGCAAAUUUUACUCAGGCCGGUAACUUUACAGUCAAAGGACACGUUCAUCAUGAGUAGCUUUUGUUAGUAUGUUUUAAAAUGUAUCUUCAGUUCAAUUAUUUUCAGCAUUUACAAGACAUCCGAAAAUGGCUAUUUUGCUACCAACAGUAAAUGAAGGGGCUGUUUAAAAACCACAACCAAUUUUCUACACUAUUUUUUAAAUAAUACUUUCAUUUGAAAAAAAGGAAUUAGUUUUCAGAUACACUUCAGAGAUUGAAGCAAACUAUUUGCCUUUUACUCAAAAGCCUGCUUGCCUUUACAUGGACUUACCAGCAAAAUAGGUAGAACUUUCUCUUUUAAAAAAAGUCAACUAGAAUUGAGAAGAGGUGAUUUUUUUUCAGAUCGCUUCUUGAGUUUAAUAUUUUCACAUUCUUUUCACCCUUUUUCUCAAUCUAGAUUUAAAAUUAGGAUAUAUGUCAUUUCCUUGUCUGUAUUUGUAGCUCCUUAGUUACCAGUAUGCCUCUCCAUUUUCUACAAAUAAGAGGUUAUAACACAUAUACAUAAUUCUAACCUUAAGGGAACACACGUUUACAUACUUUACUUCCCAAGCCCUUCCUGUUUGGGGUACAGAUUGAGAGAGUCAUGAAUCAACACAUCUAGCAAGACCACAGGUGUAAGAGUCUAAGAUCGUCUUCAAAAUUCUGAAGUCCCAGUCUUUACCUGUCCAAUGAAUGAAUAUUCAGAGCAGCUUUUCCUGGGCUUCCCAGUGGUGAUAGCUGAGGUCAAACCACAAAAAAUAAGAAAGCAAGAGUGAAAUGCACCCCUCCAGAGAAACACUUUGUAGUGUUUAAUUCUGUUAAUAGAGAAGAGCUGCUUCUGUUUGCGCUCACUUCAUCAGUGGCACCCUUCUGCAGAAUUUUAAUAUAAAAACAUUAUGGAUAUAAUAGAACUGGAUUUUCUGACUUAAAAAUGUAAGUUUUAUUUUAAUCUUGAAACGUGGAUUGUUUCUGUGGAGCUCUUAAACAUGAGAAGAAUACUUACGGUUGAUAAUGUGUAACAUGAUCUGAAAUGUGACUAAUUUGAGCCUCUUUGUCCCAUCGUCCUGUUUUUGAAUUAUUGACAUUGUCAGUCUCUUUGCUUCCUGGGUGAGACUUGGGGUUUGAGGGACAGGGAAUGACCUUCUUGGUGAAACUUAAAAUAUAACAUUGCAAUUGCAGUGACUUUACAGUGUUAAAUUAGAGAAAAUAGUCUGAUUUUUUUAAACCUUCCUUAACUGGAGAAAAGUCACAUGGUUUUACCAGGAUUGAAAUAAACAGUCAAUGUGACGUUUAACAUGUGUUUUUUUGAAAUAAAGGGCACGUACUCUUCAAUUAAAAAGUUCCUUAUAGGGACUCUGGCAAAUGCUAACACAGUUGCUUUACAAUGUUUACAAUUCAGAAAAUACGACUUAUAAUAGAAAAUCCUCAUUCAUUUAGCAUUGAAAAGCUGGAAGUUGCUUCUUUAAUGUUGAAUAGUAUACAGUAGUAUUGAGCAUGGACUUUCUAAAUGUUUUAUAUAUACAUAUAAAAAUAUAUUGGUGUCUCACACCCAGAAAGAUGUUAUAUUGUAGAUAUUAUUAGGAAAACAGUGUUUCUCAGGAACGUUGUAAAUUUUAAAUGAUAUAUGUACUUCCCGUCCUCCCACCUCCACUCUGUGCUCUAAUGUGACACUGCUUCAGCAGUGUUGCUAAGUUAAUGGAAAACUUUUUCUAAUCAAGUCAGGUGAAUGUGUAUUCUGCUAAAUAAUGUUAGCCAUUUACAUGAAUUGUAUGGUCAUUAAAUGGAAUCAGUGAUUCCUCUUUAAUUUCCAGAGGGGAAAUGAAUUAUGGAAAUCAGUCAGCAUUCUGAUCAUUAAAUUUUAUACUUUAAUUUUGCCGUUCAGCAUUCUAAAUAUCCAAUGUGAAAGUCACAUGAUAAUUUGUUUUGCAUUGCGUGCACUGUACAACACUUACAACUUGUCAUUUAAAAUGUUUUUUCGGGAAAUGAAUGCUAGUCAGAAAGUAAUAGAUUGUAUUAUUCAUAGUUUUAAAAUUAUGACAAUGUCAUAAUUACUACAAAGCUAAAUAAUCGUGUUUAUUUUUGUGCAGUUGCCCUUUGAUAGUUCCUGGUUUUCAAACCUAUUAAGUGUAUAAUCUUACAAAUAGUCAUCUACAAAAUUUAUGGAGAAAGUGCCCAGCCCAUUCACAUCACAUGGACCAGGAAUUCUUUUUGUAAAUGACUUAAGGUGUAACACCAUGCAGUUCAGUGCCUAAUAAAUGCUUUUUAAUGAUGAACAUUUCUAUAAUGACUCGUAAGAUACCAUAGUCUGAUUUUUCUCACAUUAAAAUAACUGAAGUCACUUGUGUAAUGUUAUUAUACUUUGCUGCAUUUUGAUUAACCUUCAACAGCUAUUAAAGUGGAAUGUAAGUUAAAUUUUGAAGGAAGGGAAAUAAAUGUUUUCCAUAUUUCGUCUUGAUUUACUUUCUGUAUGAGAACAGCUGUGUUUUUGAUAGGUUUAUGGUUUGCAUGAAUUCAUAUUUAAAGUGAUCCAGGCCAAUGCAUGGCUAUUGCUGUAAAUCUUGAUGUUUAUUUCUGCCUUGUAAAGUUCUAUCACGGCCUACCUGGAAUUUAAAAUUCAGUAGACAAAUUAAUUGGUCCUCUGCACAACUUUUUUAAUAAGUAGAUUAUUUUACAAAGAAAUUUGAACAAAUUUAAUUGAAUCUUUUGUUUAGCUUGCCUCUAAGAACUUUUCUUAAUGAAGCUCCCAAAACUUCUCAGCAAAUAAAUCUCCCUUAAGUAGGAAAACUAGAUUUCAUAUUUGCUUACUUUGAAUUAACAGCAACUUUCCACAGGUAAAUCUGUUCUUGCAAAGAUGUGAGCAGAAUAGUUAAAAAUAAUAUUUUUAUGUUUCAUGGUUCUAAAUGGAAGCCAUAAAUGCAGUAAAUACUAUCUGUUGUUUAACUACUUUAAUCGUCAUUUUUUACAUUUUCAAGUUUAUUAGGUUAAGAAAAACAGGGCAGCCUUGGAAGGCAGCUACUACAGAAAACUGCAGUUUUGCAUUAAAGAUAAAGUAGUAUUUUCAGCUCCCUGAAAAACCAUUCCUGCUGAAACUGCUGUAGAAAUUGUGAAGCUGCAUGAGUGGAGAGUAUUGAAUCUGUGGUUAUAGUAGUUUUCUCAGGUUUGUUUAUCUUGAUGUUUGAUGCACUGUGUUUUAUAGUUAUUAAAAUUGAGUAAUAUUUCUAUGCAGUGUUAUGUGUCAUUGGCCUUUUGUGAAUGUGCAUGUUUUAAACUGCAAAUUUUAAACAUUUUGUCCUCUGUUAUUAAAAAUGAAAUAAACUUUACCAUUACUUAAAA